UCAGCGCGUGAGGGGAGCCGCUCAACUUCCAAGUUUUCCUCCGUUCCCGAAGACGGACGUCGGAGCGCCUCGCUGGCGGCAGGUGCGGAGCGGGCGGCGGCGGUAGGCUCACGGGCUGAGGUGCGGCGCUCUGCAGCCGGAGGUGCGGAAAAUUUGACCUGAAUCUACAAACUAAUGAAGAAAUGAAAGGACAGAACAUAUCAGCUGUCACGAUCUGUUUACUUUACAUCAGUGCUACACUUUGGGGUUUUACGGAACAGGAAGAAGUAACAGGGCUGUUUUCUGAGGAUUGCAUCCUCCCUUGUCGUUUCCCACCUGGGCAAGAUGAAGUAAUUCACUGGAGCAAAGAGAACAGAAAUGUGCACAGUUACUACCAGCAGAAGGAUCAUCUGGAAGAGCAAGAUCCACAUUACAGACUCAGAACACACCUUUUCCAUGAGAACAUUCCUAGUGGAAAUGCCUCCUUGAAAAUUAGUAACCUGACCAUGACUGAUGAGGGCUCAUACACCUGCUACGUGGGAACAGCACAAUAUCGAACGGAAGUGGAAGUGCAGCUACGUGUAAAAGCUCCUUCUUCUUACGCACUGGAAUACCAAAAUACAAACACAGAAAGGAGACUGAAGUGCUAUGCUUUUCUCACUUAUCCAGCACCAGCUAUAUCUUGGGUACAGGGCAAUAUAUCCAUCCAAGAGACAGAUCGGGAGCAAACUAGGAAUGGAGCUCUCUAUUCUCUUAGAAGUGACAAGGACAUUAUGAAUGUGACAGAUACUUACUACUGUCAUAUUCGUUUGGAUCAUGAAGUGUGGGCCGCUGAAUGGAAGAUGCAAGACCACCUGACUACGACGGAAGGAGAGAGCACCAUAAUUCCUUGUGAACACGGCCAUGACCCUGCAAGCACUGAUGGUUUCAGCGUUGUCUGGACAUUACACAGAAAUGGAGUGACCUCAGACCUGGCCUCCUUCAAUGGCACAUCUCUCUCCUACCAGCCUCAAGUCCAGGUUAACGAAAAUGACUUUUCACUGAGGCUGGAUCAUCUUACUGCAGACGACAGUGGAGAAUAUCUGUGUAAUAUUUCAACACCUCUCUACACAAAACUUGCUGUGACAACUUUGCACGUCAAAAAUUCAGGUAACACUGGGAAAAGUGUUGUGUUGGCAGUACUUGUUGCAGUGGCAAUAGCAGUGGCAAUAGCAGCGGUACUUUGCUAUCUCAAGAAAAAAAGGAAGAGAGGAGUCAUAUGAACACCUUGACAUACAGGAAGAAAACAGCUCUCUGCACACAGACACUACUGACACUGGUGAUGAACAAAGAGUUCCUCCACCUCCCCCUUUGAGUUACAGUAAGAGCCACAUGGAAAUGUGAUUUUCUGAGCAACACUAAUGGACAAAUGGGGAGGAAGAAAAGUCAAUGGACACUUGUAUGUGAAAAGUCAUGGAGCAGGGCAUCUCACCCCCCACAUGAGCUUAUCUGUUGCAUUUUAACUGGUGAGUUAACUCUAACCAUGCGGGUUACCCAGGCCAGUCCUGACGAGGUGUCCGCAAAUCCGAACGGGUUUCCCCGGACGCUGCGUCCAGCUCCCACAGCCAACCUUCUGCCUGUGCCCAAAUGUAGUAAUAAUGUGUCCUCACCAAUGAGAGACAGGAGUGCUCGCUGUAUGACAGCUCACCAGAGUUUAUUGGAGGAGAAUCCAAGGGUACAGACGUCGUGGAGAGGGGCAGGAAGGAUCAGGUGAUGAAAGGAGGAGGUGGGAAAGAAGUAGGGUGACAACUGCUGGUGAGGGAAUCAGGCACACUGAACUAGGAGCUGAUCACACUGCACCUGACAGGCAAAACCCCCAGCCCCGUCAGUGGAGGUGGAUACAACGUAUAUAAAGUGGGGAGGAAUAGGAGGGGUCAGGGUACAAUUCAGCCAAUGGGAAGGUAGGACAGGGGAGGAGUUGGGAUGGUGUACUGUAGAGCACACCAAUAAGAAGCAGGAAGGGAGUGACAAGAACUGGGGAGACCAAUAACAAAGCUGAGGAUACAGAACUUUCUAGAAAGUGGGGAUGACUGACACAUGAUCAUUUGCUUGUGGGAGUGAGGGAUCAUGGGAAAGUGAGCCACUCUCUCACCAUGAGUUACACGUAGGAAUCUUCCCAUGGCAUCCCAGGAGUGCUGUCCCCAGCACCGACUCCCCCAAAACCAGACAGAGCUGCCUUGUAGUAAGUUAUUUGGCACCAUGGGAUUACCAUCUGUAAAGACAAACUGGAAUUCUGACUGACAGAACCUGCCUUUACAAACUAUAUAAGCUACAUCAAACUUUGACAAAUCAGAAAUCUUCUGCACAUUUUCCUGGAAACGUGGAAUUUCUCCUCAGAGCAGGGUUGCCUGUUUUGCGGUUAUUCCUCUGGAGGCUAUUUUUUUUGCUAGUUUUAAUAUAGGUAUGUUGAUAUCAUGCACUGUUUUGUGUAAUCUACUGGUAGUUCUUUUGUUUUAUACUAUGUCAGAAUUAACUCAGGUUAAGACCUUUCAUGUGUUACCUCCUGUCUGUUCAAUAAAUAACUCAUUUUCUAAAUAGACCUGAUCUGCCAUCCUUAGAACCUGCGGGCCAGAGUGAUUUAUUAAAUUUAAGCUGUUGCCAAAAAUCUGAGGCUAAGGCAAGGCUUGUGUGAAGCUCCCAUUUGUCCUGUGACAAGUCAACAUGCAAAAUUUGAUUUCCUAAAGGGACAAAGAAGUUUCCAGAGAAGAAGAAAUCCCUAAAUUUUGAGGGUUUUUUGGGUUUGUUUUUUUUUCAGAGUGAGGGGAAGAGAGCUUACUGGUUUUCAUUUAAUUUAGUAUUUUAUUUUAUAGACCAUGUCUGCUGUCGACAGUGGAAGUCCAAGCCCCACAGAGUGCGCUGGGCUGGCAGUGGUGGGGGAGCAGAGAAGUGUCCAAGUGGGAGCAGCUGUGGGGAACAAAACAGUGGCAGACUGAGGUGUGAGAAGCUGAAUGCUGCCAAACACAGCCUAGCACAGCGGUCUGGAAAAUGGGCCAUGGUCCAGCUUUUGGGGGUUUAUCCAUCAUUGUUCUCCAUUGUCUUGGGCUUAGGGAUAGGAAAUGUUAGCAGUGGGAGCCUCCCCCACCUGCUUUUGUCCUGGGGGCCACAUGGUGUGUGGAAAUGGUUGCCACCUUGUCUUAGUCUGGAAAAACACAUGGAGCAGGCAGCACUGGAAUGGCUUCCAUUUUGUCCUUGUCCCAGGGGACCACAUGGACAUGACCUAUGGGGAGUGUCUGCCAUCUUGUCUUUGUCCCAGUAGCCACAUAGAACUAAGUUGAAGUGGUGAACAUGUUUGUGUGGGUAAAGCAUCUCUUCUUGUAUACUUUUGUUAUUUACAUUGUUGCUCUUUGCUUUCAGUAAAUUAUCUCAACCCCCAGUCCCUGCUUUUGUCUCUCUCUUACCAGAAAGGGGUGGGGGGAAGGGGAGUGGCUUAUUUGGAGUUUCAUUUUCUGGCUGGUGUUAAACCACCAGAGACCAGCUCCCUGUUUAAAGGCAAGAAAGAUUGAAGAUAAUUCUUUAUUUCUGAGCCACAGGGAGGGUCCCUUGACACCAUCUCCUGUGCCUGUCCUGCAGCUGGUAAAGAGAAGUCCCUUAACUGGUGGUAGUGGAAGCUUAUAAAUAUUGACUGUUCAUAUGGAACUCUUUACUUUCUCUUCUCCAAAACUCAGGGUCUUACAGGCAGGACAAAUGGAAGCGGGGUUUUUCCAGCUUUAAGGGCUGUCCCUUCCACAGGUUUAAUCUGUGCUGCUGUCCUGGUCCUAACUGGAACAGGGAUUUUUUUGCAAUAGCCAUGAGGGGAUAUGACCAGAACCCCACUUCAUUGGGUGUGGGAGUGGGGAGAGGGACUGUGUGUGGUAAAAGGAGUUCCUUCAAGGAGGGGUCCAUGGUGAGCAUUUCUGCAUGUGCAUCGCCUUCUCUUUUGUAUAGUU